AUGGGACUUGAUUUCCUGGUAGGUUGGAGUGAGGCUUUUCCGGCUGCACAUGCCCUGCAGUGGUUCGGCCCACAUCAGAGAGCCUCGCUCUUUAGCGUGCAGAUCUUGUACAUGGCUUCAGUUGGCGAACGCAUUGUCAGCUACGAGUUGAUGGCGUUUACUGCAUCUCUUAGCACCCCACCAGGUGCACGACGCAAGACCUUCAAGAUGAAGUUCAAUCAUGAGGCAGAUGGUGAACUUCGGGCUCCGCGGGACUUCGCCCCGCAGACCCUCCGUGCGCUUGCGAAGGCGGCGACGCAGUUUGAGGAGCGGGCCAGAGAGGGAAACACAAUCGCCGACAGCGUCCGGGCUGCAGUGGUGUACGACACUCGCGAGGGCAAGGGCGAUGGCGAGGGCUUUUCGAUGCGCAUGUUGGCAUCACUAUGUUGCCAGAGGCUUCGAGUCGUGGUCGUCCUCGAGACGGUCUCAGUGUUAAUGCAAGCCGUCGUGGUUUUUGUCCUGGGCGUUGUCUUGGAAGAGCUUGAGCUUGGGGGCACACUGCCAUGGCUGGGUGAAGAUUAUGCCGUCGUGGCAGUCCCCUUCGCACUGUUCCUCUUCGGUCGCUGUGUAGAGCAGCUUGCCCGGCACAGGCGCCGGAGGCUCUCCCAGCAGGUGGCCUUGGCUCUCCGCUCUCGGCUCUUUCACCGGGCUCUGGUUUGCGGAGGGCCCCUGCCGCUGGCUGCGGCAAGCCGAGUGGUCGCUGCGCUCACCAAGCGCUGCAGGCUUCGACUUGUGGCACCCGUCUUGGGCAGUGCGUUGUCCGUGGCCCUCCUCGUGGCUGCCACAAGCGUUGCUGCUACAGCCGGUGCAAGCUUAAUUGUGCUGGCCACAGUGGUGGAGGUCAUCUUGAAGCGCCGUGUGCCGAAGUGGGUUCAGGCGGUGGGAAAGCUGCGGUGUCGGAGAGAGGAGCUGUCUUGCGCUUUCCUUUCUGACCUGCAGUGUGCUUCUGCCACCGUGAAGUGCUUCGGCUGGGAGGCUGCGGUCUUUCAGCGCCUGGGCCGGCUCCGCGUGGAGGAGCAGAGAUUGCAGGACCGGGCCUCCCGAUCCAAUGCCACGCUGCUCGCAGUGCGCACGGCAGCCACAAUUUGGGCCUGCCUUGCUUCCUUGGCCUUGCACUGGCUGGUCGUCAGACCACCAACCCUGUGGGAGUGCUUCCAAGCCUUGGCAGCUUGCAGGCUGCUGGCGCAGCAGCUGCAGCAGGUCCUGCGCAUCCUUCUGACUGCCGGGCCGACAGCUGCCGCUGCUCUUGGCGGCUCUGUGAAGUCUCCACGGCCGGUGCCAAAGCAGGGCACGCCGGCCUCAUAUAAGACAUCACGGUUUGCUGUGGCUGUUGAGGGCAUGCGUUUCUUCUGGCCGAAUCUCGAAGGACCCAAAGAGGCUGCGUCUCUUCCAUCACCUCCCAAGCCUGCCGGGCUCACGGCCAGUGUGAAGGCUGGGAACGGCCUGAGCCUCGUGGAUUCAGUGACAGACGAUGCCUCGGUGGCUGAGAGAGCGAAGCGCAGUACGCAUGGAUCGGCGGGCUUUGAUGUGAAGGUGCUGUCGCUGCAAGUCAAGCGAGGUUCUCACAUCGCAUUAGUGGGAGCCGCAGGCUCUGGCAAGUCAACUCUUUUGGCGGGCCUGGUGGGAGGCUGCCAAGCCGAGCUUUGGGGAGAAGACUUGGAAGAGACAGGCAUCCUCCUGUCUGGCAGGUGCGCUUAUGCUCCGCAACAGCCGGCGGUCUUGAGUGGAAGCAGCAUCCGCGACAAUGUCGUUUUCGGUUCUACGUGGGAUGCUCACAGGUAUGAACAAGUCCUGGUGAUGUCCACCUUGUCAGAGGACCUCCCCGCUUUGGAAUUCGGCGACAGCAGCUUUCCGGAAGCAUUGAGUGCUGCUGCACUAGGCGCUCUCCAGCUGGCGCGUGCGCUGUAUGUCGAGGCCGAAAUCUUGUUGCUGGAUGAACCGUUUGCUUCCAUGGAGCUCGAAAGAGCGAAGCGGGUUCUCUCCAACUUGGUUCGGAAGGCCAAAGACAGGACGGUGGUCCUGGCAACGCAGACCCUCUCUGUCCUUGGUCCGAUGGACAGCAUCGUUGUCCUUCGAAAUGGAACAGUUUUCGAACAGGGCGACUACAAGACGCUGGCAUCGAUGCCUACAGAGUUUAGCAGGCUACUGCUUAUCGCAAAGGAGAAGGAGAAGCGCUCCCGUGAGUCUGGGAACGGCUUCGCUUGUCCUUGCAUGUGCUACGAGGUGGCGCUGGAUCCGCUUCGCGAGCUGUACCCCUUCGAUGAGGAGUUUGGCACCUUUCCGACCUUUGGAUUCGGGUCUGUCUUGGAAGCAGGGCCACGGAAGUGGGUCAGUCAACAACCACUGGCAGAGCCGGUAGUUGCUCACCUUACUCCUGCCAUCCCUGCGCCGACUGCUGCAAGUCCCAGCGAAGCCGCAGGUGCCCAGCUGCCGCCCUCCGCCUCUGCAGUGCCGGCUGUCGGAGCUUCUGAGGCCGGCGGCUUCUUGACACGUGCGGCCGAAUCGCCCGCAGAAGUGCCGGAACUACCCGAAGAGGAAGGCAUUCCUCGGCCUAACACCAGUGCGGCGGCGAGAGAAGUUCCAGGGCCCAUCGUUCCACCCCGACCGGAGGACCCAGACUUCUCGCAUGGGGCAUCUUCACCCAGUGCAGACGGGCUCCGGCGCCGGAGCGCUGCCGCUUUGGAUAGCGAGGCACCACUGACUUCCCCUGUGCUGAGAACGGAUGCAAUCCAUUCGGCCCCACUGCCGCAAAGGCUGGGCAAGCCCGAAGAUGAGGGCAAGGACAUGAAGGCGAAGCGCAGACGCCCCGAAAGGGAGGACAAGGAACCAAAGCACUCAGGGAGUCAGCGUGCCGCACAUGCUCGAGAUGCAGUGGAGGAGAAGCAGGGUUUCCUGAGCUCUAGUUCCUCGAGCUUCGGACACUAUCACCAAGAGGCCGCGCCUUCGCUGCCCAAAGGCCGGGGCAACGGCGUCCUCUUGCUGCUGGGGCAUAGUGGCCACGCUUCUGCUAUGAUGGCGGCUGUCCUUGCGAUCGGCAUGCUUACAAACCUGUCUGUGCCCAUCCUCCUGAGCUACGUGGUGGCUGAGGUGCCAACAGCAAUGCCAAGCAAUACGAGUACAGGUACGACGCGCCCGCCCUCCGACAUGACGACGUCAGCGACAACAGAAGUAUCUGUCAGAACUUCCCCUCGUCCGGUUAUCCCUCCGUUUCAGCCUGGCACCACAGACGACUCAGAGGUGGUGUGGCGCGGGUUUUCGACAACCUCAUCGACUGAGGCUAACUCUCCGUCCGCAACAUCAACGACGUCCACCACAGAGCUCUCGAUGAGCUCACGCGCUCCCUCACAGGAGUGGAGCCUGUGGAGCACCGGCCAUUUCUGCGCAGAGCCCGACCUUGCGCAAGAGACACGGCCCGAGGGCAGCUACGACUUGGAUGCGACCGUGGGAUGGCACUGGUCGACGAAGCUCUCCCUCGCAGAUUGCAAGCUCGCUUGCGAGGAGUUGGCAGACUGGGCCUGCCGGUUCAUCUCCUGGGGCGGGCCAGCAUCCACAGAACGUUGGUGCUACGUCCACCGCCACUGCAGCUCCAUGAUGCGGGUUCCCAUGUAUCAGAUAAUGGAAGUGAAUUUCACAGCCAGUCCAAUGCGCUUGCGGAGGCGCCUGCCUCCAGCGAGCUCUGCGAGCAUUGCACGAGGACGGGUGCAAGGAAGUGCAAGGCAGUUGCUGAAGGUACAGAUUGUUGAUGGUGGGACGACGGCGUGGAUAUCCCAGAAUUCUGCAAGGGUUCUGCUUGCUGCGCUUUCCAUCCUGCUACCACUGAUGGGCCUGUGGCAGGCACGAGCCGCAUGCCUUGUAGCGAUCCAGGCAAGCCACAAGGGCUCGCAACUGCAGCUUCGAGCUUUGCUGGCAGCAGCUGGCCGGGCUCCAGGACAAGGCAUCAUCAUCGCCGGAAGCCUCAAAGAGGACCUCCAACAGCCGACAGGCACGUCAAGGCGCCAGUCCGAGCACAGCCUCCUGCAAGACGUCGCUGAUGCUGAUCACUUCCUGCCCUUGGCUCUCCCACGCUGCAUCUUGGCUUUGUGCCACGUGCUGGCUGCAUUGCUCUGCACAGCGGCUGCGUGCAGUCGUCAGGCCGUCCCGGCAGUGAUGCUAACCAUCCUCGUGGCGUCCGCGAUGUACUUUCAUCACCGACGUUUGUCUUUGGUGCAGCAGCUUCGCCGGUUUGCCAAUCGCAGCGAAGCAGCUGCGGCCUUGCAGUUGCUGCACCUCACCGAGUGUCACGAGGCUUUAUGCCUUCAUGGCCAUGGCGACGCCCUGUGGAAGAACUACGAGGCUUGUUGUAAAGAUGCUGCACUGGCCGGGCUUGCAUCCGACGCUGCGGAGAGGUGGCUGUACAGCUGCCUCCACGUUUUGGUCGCGCUGCUGCUUGGACUCUUAUCCUUCUCAGCCAUGACCCAGGCACAGAGCCUCCCUUCCGACUUUGGCUUUGCUGUUGCUGUGGCCUCUGUGGUCCAAGUGGCCUUGGUGCCGGAUGCCCUGAUCGAGUUUGUGAAACACGGAGCUCAGCUGACGCACGGCUUGGCCGCUCUGCGUCGGAUGGCGCAGACUUGCAAGGAAGCUGCUUUCGAAGAGCUCGAAAGCCCGAUUGCGACUCUGGAGAUUGAGAGCCGAGGUCUCAAGCCCGCGGCUGCGGCGCUGGUGUCCCGGAGCGGCAAGGUGGCUUUGGGAGACGUGCUCAUCGAAAAUGAGAACCUUGCCGAGAUUGCGGAACCGCAGGUGCCAUCCCAGUCCCAGUCCAUCUCUCAUGCCGGAUUUCCCAUGGAAAAGGUUCCGGGCGACUGGCCUUACUUCGGUGCCAUUGAGUUCGAGAAGGUUACAGUGAGGUAUGGCCCAGGCUUGUCGCCGGCUCUUUCAAGCUGCUCGUUGGUGCUACCGGCUGGGAAGGCACUCCUGGUCACCGGUGCGAAAGGCUGUGGCAAGUCAUCGCUUCUCAAAGCCGUCCUACGGUGCUGCUACAUCGAGUCGGGCCGAGUGGUGCUGGAUGCAGUGGAUGUCCGCUGCGUAAGCUUGGCCACGCUUCGAGGAAGAGUGGCCGUCGUCCCACAGGAGCUAUGCAUCUUCCAUGGGAGUUGGAGGCAAAAUUUGGAUCCCAUGGGCGAAUUCGAGGAGGAUGAGCUAAAGCGAGUCCUGCGUCUAACACGCCUGGAAAAUUUCCUCCUCCGCACGGCGUCCGAUCUCGAUGCUGCCAUCGCCCCCGAGGUGUUGGAGCCCGGGCCUGCCGCAGCUUCCGCAGUGCUGCUGUGCCUGUGCCGGGCACUGCUGCGCCUCCUGCAGGGGCGAUCGAAACUCUUGAUGAUGGACGCGGCCACUUGCCGCUUCAACCCAGCCUCCGAUGCAGACUUGACUGCCAUCAUUCUGCGGUACUGCCGUCGCCGUGGAGCAGCCAUGCUGCAGGUCAGCCAACGCGCUCAGCAAGCGCCGCUCUACGACGAGGUCGCUGUGAUGGCCACAGGCCGAGUGGUGGAGCAGGGCCCAGCCAAGAAGCUCUGGGUCAAGGACGGGGCCCUUCGCCGUGUGGCCAAAGAUCAAGGCCUGGAUUCGUCAAAGAUGACGAAGCCAGAUGUCCUUGCCGCGCGGCUCAUGCCUGUUUGGGGCUGGGAAGUCAGUCCGCAAGAAGAUCCAGCUUUCAGCGACGAAUUUGCCGUGUCCAUGAAGAAGGCCAAGGGCUGA